AAAAAGACAUCUACUUGGCUACUUAAGGGGAAAUUCUCAUCAGUGUCACUUGGGCCAGCUCUAUGUUUGCAGGCUGGUCCACUGCCCUCCAUGAGACAGAGAUGGGAGAUUGGAGCAGCAUGCAGAGAGCUCUUCUCAUCAUCCUGGGACUGGUCCUCACUUUCUGCAUUCACACCACCACCUGCCAGGGAUGUUCAUCAACUGACUUCCGUUGUGCGAAUGGACGCUGUAUUCCUUUAAGUUGGAGGUGUGACGGAGCUGCAGACUGUACAGAUAAUUCAGAUGAGACUGGCUGUCCUCCACAUUCUUGUGCAGCAACCCAGUUCCAAUGUGGUGGUAAUGGAGAGUGCAUUGCUCGAUCUUGGGUCUGCGAUGAUGAAAACGACUGUAAUGAUGGCUCAGAUGAACAGCACUGCCCCGGUAGAACUUGCUCCAGUCAACAGUUCACGUGCUCCAGUGGUCAGUGCAUCCCAACAGCCUACAAGUGUGACCGAAUGAAAGACUGCACAGAUGGCUCAGAUGAACGCAACUGCCAAUACCCCGUAUGCACUCAGCUUUCCUGUGCCAGCGGCGCCUGUUUCAAUACAAGUCAGCGGUGUGAUGGAAUGGUGAACUGCAGGGAUGGUUCCGAUGAGGCCAAUUGCACCAAGAGGUGUCAGAACUCUCAGUUCCAGUGUGCAAAUGGAGACUGUAUCCCUCGAGAUUUCAUCUGUGACCAUGAUGAUGACUGCGGCGAUGGCAGUGAUGAAAGAAAUUGCACUUACCCGACAUGUAAAGGCGAUUACUUUACCUGCCCCAAUGGUCGUUGUAUACAUCAGAGCUGGCUUUGUGAUGGAGAUGAUGACUGUGAUGACAAUGCCGAUGAGAGUGGAUGUGAGAGUGGCCUGAGAGAAUGUAGCCCAGGGGAGUGGUCAUGUUCUUUGUCGGGUCAAUGCAUUCCUAUAGAUAAAGUUUGUGAUGGGACAAAUCACUGCCGCUUUGGAGAAGAUGAAAAUAAUGCCACGGCUGGAUGGAACUGUAGUAUAAGUAAUUGUGCGGCUCUGAGCUGUCAGCAUCGCUGUCAUGCAUCUCCCUCUGGCGGUUCUUGUUAUUGCCCUGCAGGAUAUAUAAUCAGCAGUAAUGACAGCAGGACUUGUGUUGAUUUUAAUGAUUGCCAAGUAUGGGGCAUAUGUGAUCAGCUUUGUGAAGACCGGAUGGGCAGCCACCGCUGCGGUUGUGUAGAAGGUUAUAUCUUGGAGCAUAAUAAGCACUGCAGAGCCAACACAUCCACUGGUGCACCCUGGAUUAUUUUCUCCAAUGGGCGGGAUUUACUAAUCGGUGACAUCCACGGAAACAGUUAUCGAACUUUAGUGCAGUCACAGAACCGGGGAACGGCUGUAGGAGUGGAUUUUCAUUUUCAGUUGCGACGAGUCUUUUGGACAGACACUGUACAAGACAAGGUAUUCUCGGUUGAUAUUGAUGGCUCUAAUGUUCGUCAAGUUCUUAAUGUUUCGGUUGAGUCACCUGAAAAUCUUGCUGUAGAUUGGAUUAGUAAUAAACUUUAUGUGGUGGAAACAAGCGUGGACAGGAUUGACAUGGUGGAUCUGAAUGGACAGAAUCGGAUAACGUUAAUAGCUGAAGAUCUGGGAAAUCCAAGAGGAAUUGCAGUUGACCCAACAGUUGGGUAUCUCUUCUUCUCGGACUGGAAUAGCGUUUCUGGGGAUCCCAAACUGGAACGGGCAUUUAUGGAUGGCACAAACCGCCAUGAUUUAGUUAAAACAAAACUGGGAUGGCCUGCUGGAAUUACCUUGGAUAUUGUGGCUAAGAGGGUGUACUGGGUUGACAGUCGUUACGAUUACAUUGAAACUGUGACCUAUGAUGGACUGCAAAGGAAAACAGUUGUACAUGGAGGAGACAGUGUCCCACAUCCAUAUGGAUUAAGCAUUUUUGAGCACUUUGUGUAUUUCACUGACUGGACGAAACUUGCCGUGAUGAAAGCCAACAAAUUCUCAGACAGUUCCACAUAUCCUGUGUUCAGAUCUUCACUGAGGCCAUAUGGAGUCACGAUUUAUCAUUCUGCGCGGCAGCCAUAUGUGAGGAACCCUUGUGGAAACAAUAAUGGUGGCUGCGAGCAGAUCUGUGUUCUCAGUCACAGGACUGACAAUGACGGACUGGGAUAUAGAUGUCGCUGUAAGUUAGGGUUUGAUCUACACCAAGAUGGACGCCGUUGUGUUGGUGUACAGAAAUUUCUACUCUUCUCUUCCCAAAUGGCGGUCCGUGGGAUUCCAUUUAACCUCUCCUCCCAGGAAGAUGUCAUCAUUCCCAUCACCGGUGUGCCCUCCUAUUUUGUGGGAAUAGAUUUCGAUGCUCAAGACAACAGCAUAUUUUAUUCAGACACUGUGAAAGACAUGAUCUACAAGCAGAAAGUAGACGGGACAGGUAAGGAAAUCCUCACAGCCAACAGGGUGGAAGGUGUGGAAGAUCUGGCAUUUGAUUGGAUCUCCAGAAACCUUUAUUGGACGGACCCAAGAUACAGGAGUAUCAGUGUCAUGAGACUGGCAGACAAAUCCAGAAGAGCCAUUAUCCAGAAUUUAAAUCAACCUCGCUCAAUUGUGGUACAUCCAGUGAUGGGGUUUCUGUAUUGGACUGAUUGGUACCGACCAGCAAAAAUCAUGAGGUCUUGGUGUGAUGGAUCUCACGCAUCACCAAUAGUGAACUCAUCUCUUGGAUGGCCUAAUGGUUUAGCUAUGGACUGGGGUUCGUUGCGGAUAUUCUGGGUGGAUGCUUUCUUUGAUAAAGUUGAACACAGCAACUAUGAUGGUUCAGACAGGCAAACUCUCAGUCGAAUUACACAAAUGACUCAGCCAUUUGGACUUACAAUUUAUGGAGGUUAUGCAUAUAUUACAGACUGGAGGCUUAAAGGAAUAGUGCGCGUCAGGAAAUACGAUGGAGGAGAGAUGACAAUUAUUCGUAGAGGAAUCAAUAAUAUUGCACAUAUAAAAUCAUUUGAUGCCAGUAUCCAAAUAGGUUCAAAUCCCUGCAAUAGACCAACGAAUCCAAAUGGAGAUUGUAGUCAUUUUUGUUUCCCAGCUCCUAACUAUCAGCGGGUGUGCGGCUGUCCCUAUGGGUGGAAGCUGAGUUCUGGGCAGGCCAUCUGUGUGGAGGAUCCAUCAAAUGAACCCCCAACAUUGCAGUGUGGACAGUAUUCAUUUGCCUGUGCCAACGGCAAGUGUGUACCAGGUUAUUAUCGCUGUGACGGGGUUGACGACUGUCAUGACAAUAGUGAUGAGCAAGGCUGCGGAUCACCAAAUAUCACAUGUUCCUCCAGAGCCUUCAGAUGCCGUAAUGGGCAAUGCAUUCCUCAGAACUGGCGCUGUGAUAAACACAAUGACUGUCUCGAUGGCAGCGAUGAGCAGAGCUGUCCUACCCAGGGUCCUCAAUCGUGUCCUGGCAGCUACUUCACCUGCGAUAAUAACCACUGCAUCCCUCGCACAUGGCGCUGUGAUACCGAUAAUGAUUGUGGAGAUGGAUCCGAUGAGGUGAACUGCAAUAUUAGCAGCACCUGUGAGCCAGGGCAGUUCCAGUGUCCAGAUCAUCGCUGCAUUGACCCAUCGUACGCCUGUGACGGAGACAAAGACUGUGUGGAUGGUUCUGAUGAGCAAGAUUGCAUUUACAACUGCACGUCUUCCCAGUUUUCAUGUGCAAGCGGUAACCAGUGCAUCAAUUUCUACUACCAAUGUGAUGGCGUCUUUGACUGUAAUGACCACUCUGAUGAAGCCAACUGUCCAACAAGACCGGCAGGAAUGUGCCAUCAGCAUGAAUUCCAGUGUCAGUCCGAUGGGUCUUGUAUCCCAUCACACUGGGAAUGUGACAGACAUCCGGACUGUGUUGACGCUUCAGAUGAACAUCACAGUUGCCCAGUAAGGACCUGCCCCCCCUCUAGCUUCCAGUGUGACAAUGGAAACUGCAUUUUUCGAUCAUGGAUAUGUGAUGGAGACAAUGAUUGUCGUGACAUGAGCGAUGAGAAAGACUGCCCAACUCCACCUUUCCGCUGUCCCAGUUGGCAAUGGCAGUGCCCAGGGCUUAGCAUCUGUGUCAAUAUCAGUAAAGUAUGUGAUAACACACCAGACUGUCCCAAUGGGGCAGACGAGUCUCCACUUUGCAAUGAAUCAAAACCAGAUCAGGAGAGCUGUAGUGACAGUAAUGGGGGCUGCACUCAUGGAUGUAUUCAAGGACCCUUCGGAGCUCAGUGUACCUGUCCUGUUGGCUACCAGCUCAUGAAUGACUCUAAAACAUGUGAUGACCUCAACGAGUGCCUGACACCAGGAAUAUGCAGUCAGUCCUGUAACAAUGAAAGGGGAUCUUUCCGAUGUGACUGUGACGAAGGUUAUAUUCUGGAACCAAACGGAAGGACAUGCAAAGCUUCAGAGUUUGGAAAUCUGCUGCUACUAGUGGCAAGCCGAGGUCAGAUCAUCGCUGACAAUAUCACCACUCAAGCUCACUACACUUACUCCAUAGUCCGUGAUGGGCGCAGUAUAGUAGCCGUAGAUUUUGAUUCUGUCACCAAUCGUAUUUACUGGUCUGACAUAGUGCAGGACAAAAUAUGGAGUGCUUUCGUCAAUGGAACAGGCAGGCAAAUUAUUUUUGACAGUGGUGUUACUGUGACUGAAAGCAUUGCUGUAGACUGGGUAGGACGGAACCUUUAUUGGACAGAUUAUAUUCUUGAAACCAUUGAAGUUUCUAAGCUGGAUGGAACUCACAGGACUGUGCUGAUCAGUGCGAAUGUGACUAAUCCAAGAGGACUAGUGCUGGAUCCAAGAACAGAGUCUCGGGUGAUGUUCUGGACAGACUGGGGCAGGUAUCCCAGAAUUGAGAGGGCCAGUAUGGAUGGAACAUUAAGAAAAACUAUUAUUUCAGAGAAGAUCUAUUGGCCCAAUGGGUUGACCAUUGAUUACCCCACAAAGCGCCUCUAUUUUGCUGAUGCUUAUCUUGAUUACAUUGACUAUUGUGACUACGAUGGAAAUAAUAGAAAGCAAGCCUUGGCUAGUGAUUUGGUACUACAGCACCCACAUGCUAUUACUAUAUUUGAAGACUAUGUUUAUUGGAGUGAAAGAUAUACCAACCGGGUCCUUCGUGCCAAUAAGUGGCAUGGCGGCAACCAGAGCGUCAUGAUUUAUAAUGUAAACCAGCCGUUGGGAAUCUCAGCAUUUCACCCAGUAAAACAACCUCAAGGUCAGAAUCCAUGUGCCUCAAACCCCUGCAGCCAUCUUUGUUUGUUGUCAUCAAGUUCCGCCAAAUUUUAUUCUUGUGCCUGCCCCUCGGGGUGGUCAUUAACUGAUGAUCAAGUGAACUGUCAGAGAGAUGACAAGCCCUUCCUUAUCGUCAUAAGAGAUAAUAUCAUAUAUGGGAUGUCUCUUAACCCAGAAGUAUUGACCAAUGAUGCCAUGGUACCAAUAGCGGGUAUUCGCAAUGGGUAUGAUGUGGAUUUUGAUGACGAGGAGCAAAUGCUAUACUGGAUUGAACAUCCAGGUGAAAUUCACAGAGUAAAGUCAGAUGGAACAAACAGAACAGUUUUUGCUCCCGCGGUCGUGAUGGGAACUCCUACUGGCUUGGCUUUAGACUGGAUUUCUGGAAAUUUAUAUUACACAAACCCUGCUACUCAGUCAAUUCAGAUUUUAAAACUACGUGGUGAAGUAAAAUUCAGAAAGACUCUUAUUACAAAUAAUGGUACACCUACCGGGGCUGGACAUCCCGUUGGAAUCACUAUUGACCCAGCCAGAGGAAAGAUGUAUUGGACAGACCAGGGCACUGAAAGUGGCGUACCACCGAAAAUUGCCAGUGCUCACAUGGAUGGCUCUAAUCCAUCUAUCCUGUACACCACCAAUCUGGACCAUGUGGAGUUUAUAACAAUAGACAUUGCUGAGCAAAGACUUUACUGGGCAGUGACUGGCAGUGGAGUGAUUGAAAGAGGAAAUGUGGAUGGCUCAAACCGAGUUACUAUAGUGCAGCACCUCUCACACCCCUGGGGAAUAGCCGUCUUCGAGAACUUCCUCUAUUACACGGAUCGGGAUUAUGAAGCCAUUGAGCGCGUGGACAAGUCCACAGGAUCUAACAGAAUAGUGAUUAGAGACAACGUAUCAGGACUCAAGUGUCUGCGUGUCCACUUUCGAGACAAAACAACAGGCAACUCUAAUGGCUGCAGCAAUAAUCCAGACACCUGCCAACAGUUUUGCUUUCCGACACCCAAUGCCCAGUUUACCUGUGCCUGUGCCACUGGAUUCCGCUUGAGUGCUGAUAACAGAACUUGCACACCGUACAACUCAUUUAUCGUAGUGUCUAUGUUGACUGCAAUUAAGGGAUUCAGCUUAGAAACUGCGGAUCACUCAGAAGCAAUGGUGCCAAUGGCUGGACGAGGUCGUAAUGCUCUCCAUGUAGAUGUUCACAUGCCAUCUGGUUUUAUUUACUGGUGUGACUUCAGCACCACAACAUCUGCAUACAAUGCCAUCCGACGUGUCAAACCCAAUGGCUCUUACUUCAGAAAUGUUGUCACAGGUGGUAUUGGGAGAAAUGGAAUCCGAGGCAUUGCUGUUGACUGGGUCGCAGGAAACCUUUAUUUUACCAAUGCUUUUCAGACAGAAACAUUCAUUGAAGUUGUUCGCAUUAAUAUGACUUAUUAUCGUCGAGUCCUAAUGAAAACUACAGUGGACAUGCCCAGGCACAUUGUGGUGGAUCCCAAAAAUCGUUACUUGUUUUGGGCAGAUUAUGGUCAAACUCCCAAAAUUGAGCGAUCUUUCCUGGACUGCACCAACAGAACAGUUCUGGUGUCAGAAGGCAUUGUUACCCCGAGAGGCUUAGCCGUGGACCGUAACGAUGGAUAUAUCUAUUGGGUUGAUGAUUCUUUGGAUAUGAUUGCAAGAGUUAGAAUAGAAGGUGGUGAUACACAAAUUGUGCGUUAUGGCAACCGCUACCCAACUCCUUAUGGGAUUACCGUAUUUGAAAACACCAUCAUCUGGGUAGACAGGAACUUAAAAAAGGUGUUUCAAGCCAGUAAAGACCCAAGUAACACCGAGCCACCAACUGUUCUGAGAGACAACAUAAAUAACCUUAGAGAUGUUACCGUGUUCAACAGCAGCUAUCAGCCGGUGUCACCCCAGGGAAUCAACAAUAACCCAUGUCUGGUGAGCAAUGGGGGCUGUGCACAUUUCUGCUUUGCUAUGCCUGGUACACAGACACGGAAGUGCGGAUGUGCUUUUGGGUCUCUCAGCAGUGAUGGAACAAGAUGCGUAAUUUCUACAGAAAAUUAUUUGAUCUAUGCAAUGGAGACUUCCAUUAAUAGUCUGUACUUAAACCCAGAGGAUCACAGUCCUCCGUUCCCCAGAGUCCCUUCCCCCAGGACAUCGAUAGCUUUGGAUUACGACAGCCUAGAUAACAGAAUAUACUACACUCGGAGUGUGGGAGCUGGAAGAAGUGAAAUUCGCUACUUCCCCCUGUCAGCACUUAAUCAGCACACCACAGUGGCAUCAGACCUGGGAGGUCCAGAUGGGAUAGCAUUUGACUGGAUCCAUAAACGAAUUUACUAUAGUGACUAUCUAAACCAGACCAUUCAAUCUAUGGCAUUAAAUGGAUCUGAUCGUACCGUGAUUGCUCGAGUACCUCGACCUAGAGCCAUCAUGUUGGACCCAUGCAGAGGCUACAUGUACUGGACAGAUUGGGGAGCAAACGCUAAAAUUGAGCGAGCAACCCUUGGAGGCAAUUUCCGCACAGCCAUUGUGAACACAAGUCUGGUAUGGCCAAAUGGACUGACCCUGGACUACGAAGAGGAGAGGAUUUACUGGGCUGAUGCAAGUUUACAGAAAAUAGAGCGCUGCUCUUUAACAGGUGCAAACCGAGAAGUUGUGGUCGGCACAGCAAUUUAUCCAUUUGCCAUGACACUCUAUGACCAGCACAUUUACUGGACUGAUUGGAACACAAGGAGUAUCUACCGGGCCAAUAAACAUGAUGGGUCAGAUCAGAUUAUCAUGGUGCAGAACCUGCCACAGCGUCCCAUGGAUAUUCACAUCUUGGCUAAAAGCAAGCAGCAGCAGUGUGCCAGCCCGUGUGAUCAAUUCAAUGGUGGCUGCAGUCACAUCUGCGCUCCAGGUCCUAACGGAGCAGAAUGCCAAUGCCCAUCAAUUGGCAGUUGGUAUUUGGCCAACAACAACAAAGAUUGCAUUGUGGACAAUGCCACAAGAUGCCAGAGUGGGCAGUUCACGUGUCUUAAUGGCCGUUGCAUCCCUGAGAGGUGGAAAUGUGACAAUGAUAAUGACUGCAGGGAUGGCAGCGAUGAACUGGAACGUGUAUGCGCCUUUCAUACCUGCUCACCGACAGCGUUCACGUGUGGCAAUGGAAAGUGUGUUCCUUAUCACUACCGCUGUGACCAUUAUAAUGACUGUGGUGAUAACAGCGACGAGGCUGGAUGUCUUUUCAGGACCUGUGACCCAAACACUGAAUUUUCCUGUAACAAUGGAAGGUGCAUCUCCCGCUCCUAUGUAUGUAAUGGAGUGAAUAACUGCUAUGACAAUGGCACAUCAGACGAGAGAAACUGCCCCGAUCGCACAUGUCAAUCUGGAUUCACCAAAUGUCAGAGCACCAACAUUUGCAUUCCUCGAACUUAUCUUUGUGACGGGGAUAAUGACUGUGGAGAUAUGAGCGAUGAAAGCGCCACUCACUGCGCUACACUGACAUGUACAGAGAGUGAAUUCCGCUGUGCCUCCGGGCGCUGCAUUCCCGGCCAUUGGUACUGUGAUCGGGGAGUGGACUGUGCAGAUGGCUCAGAUGAACCCUCAUCUUGUGUCGCUCAUGUGCGGACGUGCUCAAGUGACCAGUUCAGGUGCGAUGAUACCCGCUGUAUCCCGGCAACAUGGGUUUGUGAUGGUGAUAAUGACUGUGGCGAUAUGAGUGAUGAGGACCAGAGACAUAACUGUGCCAACCGCAGCUGUGCCCCAACAGAAUUCACCUGUAUCAACAACAGACCCCCUGAGAGAAGGUGUAUUCCACGAUCCUGGGUCUGUGAUGGAGAUGCAGAUUGCUCUGAUGCCUACGAUGAACAUCAGAAUUGUACAAGAAGAUCUUGUUCCAGUACUGAAUUUGCCUGUAGCAAUGGGCUUUGCAUCAGAAGCAGCUUCAGGUGUGACAGACGCAAUGACUGUGGAGAUAGCAGCGAUGAAAGAGGAUGCAGCUACCCACCCUGUCAGCAGCACCAGUUCACCUGUCAGAACGGUCGUUGUAUCAGCAGGGCCUACUUCUGCGAUGGGGACAAUGAUUGUGGAGACGAAUCCGAUGAACUGGAACAUCUCUGCCGCACUCCAGAGCCAACCUGUGCACCACACUUCUUUAAAUGUGACAAUGGUCACUGUAUUGAGGCUGUCAAAGUUUGCAACCGGAUAGAUGAGUGCUUGGAUAACAGCGAUGAGAAAGGAUGUGGCAUUAAUGAGUGUAAUGAUCCCUCAAUCAGUGGCUGUGACCAUAACUGUACAGAUACACAGACCAGUUUCUUCUGCUCUUGUCGGCCUGGAUACAGACUUAUGUCCGAUAAGCGGACUUGCGAUGAUAUAGAUGAGUGUACAGAAUCCCCUUCCCUGUGCAGCCAGAUCUGUGAAAACACUGCCGGCUCCUACAUCUGUAAAUGUGCUCCAGGUUACAUCCGGGAACCUGAUGGUAAAAGCUGCCGCCAAAACAGCAACAUUGCUCCCUACCUCAUAUUCAGCAACCGCUAUUAUCUAAGGAACCUGACCGUGGAUGGACAGUCUUACUCACUUAUUCUGCAAGGCCUGAGCAAUGUGGUGGCUCUAGACUUUGAUCGAGUAGAAAGUAGGCUCUAUUGGAUUGAUGUUGGAAGAAGAGUGAUUGAGAGAAUGUUUCUUAAUGGAACCAACAAAGAAACAAUCAUUAACAAUGAUAUUCCAAGUGGGGAGGGCGUAGCAGUUGAUUGGGUUGGCAGGAAGUUGUACUGGGUGGACGCUUAUAAGGAUUGUCUUAUUGUGUCCGAGCUUGAUGGAAGAUUUAGGAAAAGACUGGUGGACCGUUGUGUGGAUGCGAAUAACACCUUCUGCUUUCAGUACCCCAGAGCCAUCGUGGUGCAUCCGAAGAAAGGGCAUGUUUACUGGACGGACUGGGGAGAUAAGCCAUAUAUUGGCAGGGCUGGGAUGGAUGGCAAGAACAAAACUGUUAUUAUCUCCACUAAAUUAGAGUGGCCAAAUGGACUCACAAUUGAUUACAGCAGUGACAAGCUCUACUGGGCUGAUGCCCACUUGAACUACAUUGAAUUCUCUGAUCUGGAUGGCCAACACCGACAUGCAGUGUUUGAUGGGACUCUGCCACACCCUUUUGCAAUCACUAUAUUUGAAGACACAAUAUAUUGGACUGACUGGAACACCAGAACAGUGGAGAAGGGAAACAAAUAUGAUGGAUCCGGGAGAACCAUGCUGGUCAAUACCACCCACAGGCCCUUUGAUAUUCACGUUUAUCAUCCAUACAGGCAGCCUAUUAUGAAUAAUCCAUGUGGCCGAAACAAUGGUGGCUGUUCUCACCUGUGUCUAAUAAAAGAAGGAGGACAGGGAUACACCUGUGAAUGCCCAGACAAUUUUGUGGCAAUGCAAUUCGGAAACAUAGUGCGCUGUCUCCCAUCAUGUUCCAGUACUCAGUUUCUGUGUGCCGACAGUGAACGAUGUAUCCCUAUAUGGUGGAAGUGUGAUGGUCAGCGAGAUUGCCGAGAUGGCUCAGACGAGUCGCCAUCUUGUCCUCAUCGGUACUGCCCCAUAGGACAAUUCCAGUGCAACGAUGGAAACUGUACAAGCACUCACUUUUUGUGUAACACUCAACAAGAUUGCCCAGAUAAUUCUGAUGAAGAUCCAAUACUUUGUGCUAAUCACCAGUGUGAAGAUCAUCAGUGGCAAUGCGCUAAUAAGCACUGCAUCCCCGAGGCCUGGCAGUGUGACGGUGAGGAUGACUGUGGAGACAACUCCGAUGAGGACAGCUCUCACUGUACAACGCGAACCUGCAGUCCAGGGCAGUUUAAAUGUAGAAACGGACGCUGCAUACCUCAGAGCUGGAAAUGUGAUGUCGACGAUGACUGUGGGGAUCACUCUGAUGAACCUAUGGAGGAGUGCAUGGGCCCGGCUUACCGCUGUGACAAUCACACAGACUUUGACUGCAAGACAAACUAUCGUUGUAUCCCACUCUGGGCUGUGUGCAAUGGUUAUGAUGACUGCAGGGAUAACUCUGAUGAGCAGAAUUGUGAACAAAGAACAUGUAAUCCACUGGGAGAUUUUCGCUGUGAAAAUCAUCGUUGUGUUCCUCUGCGUUGGAAGUGUGAUGGCGACAAUGACUGCGGAGACGGAUCUGAUGAGCGCAACUGCAGUCCUCGGGAAUGCUCAGAAAGUGAAUUCAAAUGUGAUAAUCUGCACUGCAUUCCCAGCCGCUGGCUCUGUGACCACGAUAAUGACUGCGAAGAUAACUCAGAUGAAAGAGACUGUGAGAUGAGGACCUGCCAUCCUGGAUAUUUCCAGUGCAGAAGUGGACACUGUGUUGCUCAGCGCUUCCGGUGUGAUGGAACUGCAGACUGUCUGGAUAUUUCAGAUGAAGACGCUUGCCCCACACGCUAUCCCAAUGGGACAUACUGUCCACCCUCCAUGUUCGAGUGUGACAAUCAUAUCUGCAUCCUACCAUACUGGAAGUGUGACGGUGACAAUGACUGUGGAGAUAACUCAGAUGAAGAGCUCAACCUUUGCUUGGACAUCCCUUGUGAUCCUCCAUUCAGAUUCCGGUGCCACAACAACCGCUGCAUCUAUAGACAUGAGAUCUGCAACAGCGUGGAUGAUUGCGGGGAUGGAAGUGAUGAAGCAGAAGAACAAUGUAGACCACCCACUCCCAGACCAUGUACAGAGGACGAAUACAAAUGUGGCAACUCCCACUGCAUUCCUCAUCACUAUGCCUGUGACAACUACGAUGACUGCGGAGACAGCUCUGAUGAAAUUGGCUGCAACAAAGGGACCGGACGUCACUGCGGAGAAAAUAUCUGUGAACACAACUGCACUAACCUAGCUGCAGGUGGAUUUAUCUGUUCAUGCCGUCCUGGAUAUAAAGCCACUGAAAGCGACCGGAAUUCCUGCGAAGAUAUUAAUGAGUGUGAACUAUAUGGCAUGUGUCCACAAGACUGCAAGAAUUCAAAGGGAAGUUAUGAGUGCUUCUGUGCAGAAGGUUACCGAUCAGUUGGAGAUCAGCAAGGAAAGCAAUGUGCAGCUGAUGGUAAUCCUCCAUUACUACUGUUGCCAGACAAUGUGCGAAUAAGAAGAUAUAACCUUACUUCUGAACAAUAUUCAGAUUAUAUUGAUGAGCAGCAGCACAUCCAGGCCCUGGACUAUGACUGGGAUCCUGAGGGAAUCGAUCUUAGUGUUGUCUACUACAGUGUUCGAGGACAGGGCUCAGUGUUUGGGUCCAUCAGACGUGCCUAUAUACCAACAUUUGAAGACUAUGGCAAUAAUAUGGUGAAAGAUGUUGAUCUGAACCUACGUUAUAUUGUGAAUCCAGAUGGAUUAGCUGUGGACUGGGUUGGAAGGCACAUUUAUUGGACCGACGCAGGUACAAAUCGUAUAGAAGUAGCAAAACUAGAUGGACGAUACAGGAAGUGGCUUAUAUACACGCAGAUUGAUCAACCAGCAGCCAUUGCACUCAAUCCAGAGAUCGGAAUUAUGUAUUGGACAGACUGGGGAAGACAGCCUAAGAUUGAACAUGCUUGGAUGGAUGGACAGCAGAGACAGGUACUCGUUUCAGAGGACCUUGGUUGGCCCACUGGCCUCACCAUCGAUUAUAUCAAUAGCAAUCGUGUUUAUUGGUGUGACUCCAAGGAAAAUGUCAUUGAAUCCAUCAAACCUGACGGAACAGACAGACGGACAGUUUUAUCUGGAGAUCUGGGCAAUCCUUUUAGCCUGGACGUGUUUGAGGGCCACUUGUACUGGACCACUAAGGAAAAAGGAGAGGUGUGGAAAAAAGAUAAAUUUGGCACAGGUUCUAAAGUGAAGGUGUUAACCAUAAACCCCUGGCUCACUCAAGUGCGGAUAUACCAUGCUCAUCGUUACAACCAUACAGUUUCCAAUCGCUGUAAAGAUAUUUGUUCCCACCUAUGCUUGCUGAGGCCAGGAGGGUACACGUGUUCCUGUCCGCAAGGGGCUCGCUUCAUGGAGGGCAGCACCACAGAGUGUGAUGCAGCUAUUGAGUCUCCCCCAACCAUGCCACCAGCAUGCAGAUGUAUGCAUGGAGGAACAUGCUAUUUUGAUGAGAUGAGCCUUCCAAAAUGCAAGUGUACAUCAGGUUUCACAGGAAGCUAUUGCAAUAUAUCUUAUAGGGCUGGUUUACCUCCAGGAACAGCUGCUGUUGCUGUGCUUCUUACUGUGGUUUUGAUAAUUAUCAUUUGUGCAUUGGUGAUUGGCGGCAUGUUCAAUUACAGACGAACAGGAAAGCUGUUACCAGCACUUCCUAAAUUCCCCAGUCUUAGUGCAUUGGUGAAAUCUACAGAAAACGGCAAUGGUGUGACGUUCAGAUCUGGAGCUGAUGUCACUAUGGACAUUGGAGUGUCUGGAUUUGGCGCAGAGUCUUCCAUAGAUAGAGCAAUGCAAAUGAGUCCAACCUUCACACUGGAUGCUGGGAAGGAACCAGUUACAUAUGAGAAUCCAAUGUAUUCUGAUAACAGGGAAGGAGGUGUCAGCGUUGUGACCAUCACACAGCCACCAGAUGUGACUGAAACCACCACUGUGCAAAAGUCUGAUAAUUUCGAAAACCCGUUAUAUGCAGCUGACACGCCUCAGACAUCAGCAAGUGCAGAGGCAACCCAGCCGGAGUCAAAGUGGAAUUUCUUUAAGCGGAAAGUUAAACAAAGCACAAAUUUUGAAAAUCCAAUUUACUCAGAGAUGGAAAAAGAGCAACAACAGGAGGCCGAGGAAGACCCAUCUCCGUUCACGCCUCCGCCACCCACCAAACCAUCACAUAAAAAGGAACCACAUCAAAUGGCCUUCUCUCCAACAGAGGACACUUUUAUAGACACUGCCAACCUCGUCAAGGAAGACUCAGAUGUAUAACUCAUUCUAGUUCUUCAAUGUCACUUUUCUUGCACAUGUUUUUAUAUUGGUCAAGAACGUUCAUCUCGUUACAGAGUAUUUUGUUUUUAGCUGAUAGGUGAUGUUUUGCCUUUUUUUUGAGAUAUGCCAAUUCUUAUUUUUAUGUACAAUUAUCACAAUGUACUAUAUGUAUAUCUUUGCACUGAACUUGUCUGAAAAUAAUAUUAUAAAUAUUGUGUAUAUUUGUAAAUUGUCAAAAGAAAGAUUAUUGAUGUUAAUGAUAUGUGAAAACUUUUGGGGGGUAGCAAUUAAAUUCAUGUUAGGAAAUUUUAAUAGAGCUCAGAAAAGGAAAAACUAAUAUGUACAGGGACCUGCUUUAACAUCAUCGUUUUUGUAAUUGUACAGAUGUUUAUACAGACUACUGUUCAGAAGAUUACCUUUAUGUAGCUGCUGAAAUUUAUAUUUGUGUAUUUGUUCAAUUGCAUAUAUUUUCUGACACCGGUUUUUAGAAAGUGUUUUAGACUACUGACUAUGCAAACCUUGGAACAAUCAGUUGGCAAUGAAAUCUAUAAUUAAACCACUAUUAAUUAAUUGGAA